AUGAAUGUAUCGGAUCAAGCAAAAAUAACAUUAGAUGUUAUUUCUGGCGAGAGAGAAACUCCAAUUAAUGGGACCCCAAUUGAUUUUAUGAAUCUAUACUGUGCUGCUUGGAAUGGCGAUCCAAAGCUUCGUCCUAACAUAACUGAA